AUCAAGAGGAAAAACUGGAAUGAAUGUCUCUGGAAAAACAUUUAGCUGCCUGUUCAUUAAUGUUACACCGCUUUCCGGUGUUCAGAACUUCAGGUAAGGUACCAAGAACAAAGCCAAUAAAAUAAUAGUCAACAAGUGCAGGGGGGGGGGAAAAUGCCCCCAUAACCCACUGGUGCCAAGCAAAAUUAGAUUUUACCAUUACAAAUGCAAAAAUGCUUACAUGGCCACGCAGCACAAUGGUUGGUCCAACCAGGUCAAAAUUAAUCCAUAAACCUGUUUAUCAAAGAAGCUGAACAAAGUACAAAGACUCAGUAACCUAGGACACUAUCUUAUGUAAACACACUGGUGGAGAUAUAGACUACUGCAUGAAUGGAUGAGGUUUGGUUAAUAAUAUCACAUACCACCAUGCACACCCCAUACCAUGAGGGCAUUCCGGGAAUGUUUGUCCACUGCAAUUCUUCUUAAAUCUAUGCAAUGGAACCAUUCUACUUUUCAUACAUGUAGUUUGGUAGUGCAGACAACAGGGAAGGUAAGUUGGCGACAUUGUCAGUUUGUUCACAUCAACUAGCCACUAGUACUGUUAAACUUCGAGAUUUGUUUGACAGAAGUGACCUAAGACACAGCAUCAACUCAACUUUGGAAAUAUUCAGCUGCACGUGGCUCAUUGCUUCUGGACAGCCAGGAAGCUUCCACAAGAAUGUCAAGAGAAACAACUCAAGUAAUAGCCAGUGAAGAGAGUUGAAUGAUUCCUUCCAGAGACAGAGAUGCAUGUACUGUACAAAGCAAACUAAACUGAUUACAUGUAGUUUGGCAGAGAACUAAAGCAGGAUAAGAUGGCAGAUUCAUCAAGUCUGGCAGCAACUUCUACUUCCCAGCUCAGUCCUUUCAGCUCGGAUCAGAGGACUGAUGAUGUUAAUCUGGGGGCCAAAGAUCAGUGGAGGCUAAGUGGUGAAUUUGGCAGAAAGGGAAGUGGCCAAGAAGAAUUCAAUGGGACCUUUGGCAUUGUUUCAACUCAACCCGGUGAGCUGGCUGUGGCAGAUUACUGGAACAAGCGAGUUAUCAUCUGCAGCAAUGAGGGCCAACACAGGGGCAUCAUUCCACUAUCAGAACGUCCCCGUAAUAUUGCAGUAAUCAACAAGAUGUGCAUGUUGGUGGUUGUAGAUACCUCCAAGCACGUCAAAGUAUUCAACACAGACAAAGAACUGGCCUUCCAGUUUUCCACGGUGCCGCUGGCCGAUAUUGACAACAUAGAAAUAGACCUGCGGAGCAUAGCAGUCAAGGCUGAUGGUACCCUCAUAGUGGGUGACAUCAAGCGGAUGGUAUGGACUGAGCACAUGCCCACUGAUGGAUUACUUCUACGCACCAUAACAGUCCAGAUAGCACCUUACUACCUUGCUGUUGAUGACUCCACUGAUAAAGUUGUGAUCAGUGGAUAUGAAAAUAAACAAGUGGAUAUCACUGAUAGGAAUGGGAUUGUUCACUCCUCCAUCAAGCCACUCAUCAAAGGCCAACCGGUGGGCUGCUGCCUUGGUGUGCGUAUCAACCAGUCAGGGAUCUAUGUUGGAGUCAGUAAUGGUUGGAACAGUGCUGGUCAUAUUCACCUCUACGAUGCAAAUGGGGUUUUCCUUGAUUGUCUGGCCCAGGGGCUAACCUUCCCAUUGGGAAUUGCCUUCUCAUCAGAUGGCCAGUUGGCAGUGGCUGAGGGGUUCUCUGUCAAGAUGUAUGAUAAAGCCUAAUAAGACCCCUUAACUUGACAAGGAUUCUUGUCUGUGCCACUGCUUCAAGUACAUGUACCCUACACAUGUACCAUAGAUUGUACACACCACCAAUGCAGCCUCAGGUAUGGUAGAUACUGAUAUCAUAGCCCCAUCCUCGUCAUUAUUACAAUCCCAAUAUUCUUUUUCUUUUUAGUUAAAUUUUCUUACUAAAUGACAAAAAAAUACUUCGAUUCCCAUUUCCAUAAAAUGAGGAAACCUCACUGUAAAGUAACAGGCUCAGUGUAAUCCAGUAAAUCAACCGUAAUUCUAACAAAUAUGUCCAAUCAACACCAAUAAUAAAAUGGAAUAUGAUGAACUAAAUAAUGAAGCGUUAUGAAAUCCUGUCACCAUAACGGCCUGGGAUGAAAUUGACUGAUCCAACAAUUCAUCCUUACCUCAGACUUUUAGUGAUUAAACACAUUCUUUAUCAAAAAUCUUGGAAUAAGAAAUGAAAAUAUCAUGAUCACAAUCAAGUGGAAAAUGAAGAAAGUAAAGUAGCCACAGCAUAUGUCCGGUAUUCAAAUCAGCGAUUAUCAAAGAUCUGUUGUAAACAUUUUAAUUUCAUUUUAAAAUGAUUUGCCACUUUGUACAUUCAUGUAGGUAUUGUAGCUGUCUACAGGCUUCACUUCUUUAAAAUGAUCCUGGAAUUGGAAGAAAUACAUAUUUGCAAACACA